CGGUUGUUUACAUCAUGUCUAGAUACAGAAGGUUAAGUACAUCACGCCCUACAGUUCAUCGCGUAAUAUUUCAUCACACACAGUGCAGAGAAGUCUUACACAUGUAUAGAGUGAAGGAAAUACAUGUGCACAGUGAUAGAAAGCUCCAGUGAGACUGUGAGAGUGAAGAAAAGCGACAAGUUGAGAUAAACGAGGAGCAACAUGGAAAAUUUUGUGUCUAUGUCAGAGAAAGAGAGAAUAAUGGACGAUUUGUUGAAUUCUCGCCUGGAAAACGUGGGAAUGGACUUGAACGUUGCUGCAGAAACGUAUCACCACCUCCUCGUUCAUAUCUCGCCGUGGCAAGACAUUAACUGCGGACAUUCUAAGCCAUUUUACAGUAUUUUCCCAAACUGCUGAGGGAAAAAAAAGUAGAAAAAAAAAUAAAGAGCCGAGAAAAUGACGAGCUUUUUCUUCAAACAGCGGUCACAUCCCAGAAUGGAAGGUCACGCCAGGAUGGAUCACGGGGUCAAGGUCACGCCCCAAGCUACCUUAUCUUUUAUCCCUGGCCGCCCCCCAGUGCUGGAUCCCUGCCCCGCCCCAGCUCCUGCCCCGCCCCAGGCCAAACCCCAGAGCAGGAGAGGCAGCUCGUGGCCAGGUCAGAUGUGGAACCACCUGACCAGCAUGUUCACCUCCCAGUCACCUGUGUAUUGGGUAAACCAGCACGUACUACAGGACUACCCACCACACCACCACCACCACCACCACCACCACCAGCUACCACCACCACCACAGUACUCAGUCAUGCCCUGCUCUGUGGUGGACUCAGGCUGCGGUCUGUGGCAUGCUGUACCGCCUGGCACCACACAGCAGCAGUUGAUGAUGGAGCCACAAGAGAUGCUACAGGCUUAUCCACCUGUUUUUCCCGCAGUGAAGGAAACGUCUCUCUAUGUCUCCAGCUGUCCUCCCCCCUACCAGCUCUCCAAGACAUCCCUGAACCCCAAUGCACAGGAGUGGGUCCCUAAGGAGUACAGGACGCCAUGCAACAACACUGCCACACUUAAACAGGCCCCCAUUCCAGCCCCAAAAGUCAGUGGGUACCAGCCCUUCUGUGAGAUCACUGAGAAGGAGCUACGCGACAGUCAAACUUUUGCACCGCCCUCUGACACUCAUGCCGUCAACCAGUGUCAAGUUGCAGUGCCACCGUGCCUGCCGAGAGGAGCCGAGAGGAGAGGCGACGAAGAAAAGGGCGUUGACACAAGUCCGCAGCAUCUGGAGUCAAGUGUCGCUGUGGUGAGUCAGUCUUUGAGUCCACCUGAGGCAAAUGAGGCUUAUUCACCUGCAACGUCUGAGUUAAAGAGUCCAAGCUCAAGUCCAGCUGUAACGCGUGAAAGUGAGAUUACGAGUCCUGUUGUGUCUUCCAGCAGUGAGUCGGUGAGUACGAGGCCCGAGCAGGUGAGCGAGUCCAUCGAGUCACCGCAGGAUGGGAGGUUGAGUCCAGCGCCAGUGUGUGUGGAUGCCAGUGCCAGCAGGAGUCCAUGUCUAUCUAGUCCAGAGUCUUCAGUGAGCAGUGUAGAGACAAACCAAGUCCAGGAGAGUGUGGGAAGACCCCAUGCAGACUCUCUCACUGAAGGCCUCACCAACCAAAGCUGUACAACACCAGACAAGACCUCUACCAGUACCUCACAAGCUUCUACAUUAAGUCAAGACUCUCCACACACAAUUCCUCAGAAGAUUCAAGACUGUGUGUGUGUCGAGGUGCCCCAGGGGAGAGCCACAGGGGACGGCGCCUCUCUCAGCUAUGCAGGGGUGGUUGGUCGUGUGUCCCCUUCCCCUCCUCCCCCUGUUGAUACUGCAAAGUUAAAAUACAAGGGCAUAGAACAGCCUAUACCAAAAAUAUUCCAGGGUGAUGGGUCUCCCUCUAGACAGGGAGAUGGUCCCAGGGUGCCAAGUGACAGUAGGAUGCCAGAACUGUUCAAACGCCCCAGCAAAUCCCAAAGGACGCGGUCAAGAAGGUUCCUGCAGGAGUUGAAGGAAUUGAGUCAAAACCAUGACAUCUGUGGGUCGCCGUCGUCAGUCUCCGAUGCCUCUGUGACCUCAGAUGACCUCUCUACACCUCCCAUGUCACCCCAGAAGUCAUUCACCCUCGCCUCAUCACCCCAGUCUCACAUGCCUCCCCUGGCCUUGUCACCCCAAUCAGGUAGCCACGUCCUGUCUUCAUCACCCCAGCCAGGCACCCCAACUAUGUCCUCACCCCUGACAAUACCAGUACCCAUCCCAGCCCCCAGCACCGGCAGUCCAGGCAGCCGCACCAGAACAUCUAGUGAAUCCAGCGUUGCAAGUCUGGACAUUGAGUUUGUGGAGCAGGAUGAAGUGGACCAUGCCAUUCCAGACCGGGCCGCAUUGACCAAGCGCAGCCCGGGUGCUGGCGGCCGCAAUGGGUUCCUGGCUUGCAUCUUGGGUUCAGGGGAGUCAGAUUCAGAAACAGAUGAGGACUCAGACUGGGAUGAGUGUGAGGUGGACUCUGCGCCGACUCUCGAUGACUCCUGGGAGACAUUUGGGUUUGGUCUCGUGGUAGUGGAGUGUCGCAUGGCACCCUUGGAGAGCCAGGCACAGUGCCAGAAGCCUCAAGUGCCCCAGGAGAGCCAGGAGGUGCCAGAAACACACACAGAGGAACACAGCAGUGACCCUGUAUUGUGUGAGAUCAACAGGAAGUGGGAGGAGGAAGUGCAGAAAGAUGUACAAGGAAAGACAGACCAGCGUGUGACGUUUGGCAAAGAGACAGUUCACCCCAUGGUUGUGUGGGGCCAUGCAUACCGCCAGGCGCGCAGGGGGCCAUGGGAGCAGCAGGCGAGGGACCGGGCCAGGUUUGCACAGCGCGUGGCCAGCCUGGAGGCCGAGUUGUCCCUGGUUCUGGACCCCGGACACCGGAGACGAGUCUAUCGCCGGCUGUAUUCCCCACCCUCACGUUGCUUCCUAUAACCUUGAACUUGUUAGGCUUCCCUCUGACGUGUAUGGGAGAGUGUCCAUUUGUAGUGUCUUAAGCCUCUUCCUUCUCCCUCUUGUAUGCUGGCUGGAGUAUGUGUCAUUGAUACAGGCAGGCUAAGGUUUAGGAGUGGUUAUUUAUGUUGAGAAGGAUAUUAAUGCAAGUUUUGUGUGUUUAUCUGUUCGUGGACUCUGUAAGCUUCUACUGCCUUUAUCUAAAGUAUGGAUAGGCCAGGUAAGCCACAGAUAUGGAUAAAACAGGGUAGCAGAACUGUCAGCCAAAAAAGAGUAUGGAUAAGCCAGAUUAGGAUAGAGAUUGGAUAUGGUAGCAAGACCAUCAAGCUAACAAGAGUAUGGAUAGAACAAGAAGCAAAACCAUUGGAUAGAGACUGGUAUAGAUAAACAUGGAAGCAAAACUGGAUAAAGAUUAGAAAGGGUAGCAAAACUCAGCCAAACAAGAGGGUGUGGAUAGGAGGGGAAGCCAGGCAGACAGAUGGGGUGUGGAUGGGUAGGUGGACAGUCGGCCUGGAUUAAACAUAGGCACACUAGUCAGUCGUGGAUGAGAUUUACUUUUGUACAUGAAAUUCCAUGUUGUUUAUUUUCCACGGUGGAUGUUUUUAUUGUAAAGACGCCUUGUUACCCAAACUUAUUAUUAUAGCUGUUUAUCUGUGGAACAUAUUUUGCAUUGUAUAAUAUUCAUGUAUCAAGUUAUACAAGGUUAUAUAUCCCUAUUAAUAUAUUCAUAAAUACAUUAAGAGCAUGGCCUGCUUUAUUAAGUGUCGUAUUAGUAAUUACAAAGCAGCAAACCCCACAAUCGCAUUCGUAGACAGUGAAUGCAAGCUCCAGUGUUGGGUUAGUAAAUACUAGGUUUUCCGCAUAGGUUGGCAGCUCUUUCCCUCAGUGACAAGGAAAAGUUGCCAAAUUUUAUGUUAUUUCUCAUUUAUUAGAUUGACUUGCAUUUUCCUUCAGCCUCUUUCUCAUCGCCGCAGUAUUGCAUCUCAUGCUGUCUUCUACCACUAUUUUCAUCCUAGCUGCUUGUCUCCCUUCCUCCUGCAGCCUUGCUGCACAAGACUUUCUUCUUUCUCUCGCCCCUAUUCUGUCCACCUCUCUAAUGCAUGAGUUUACCAGUAUUCUCAGUCAUUCAUCCCUUUCUCUGGUAAACUUUGCAACUCUCUGCCUGCUUCUGUAUUUCCACCUUCCUGUGACUUGAACUCCUUCGGGUUUGGUCGACCUAACCCAAAGCGCAGGGCUGGAAAAAUGUUUAAAAUUGAAAACAGCUACAUUGGCAUUAGUAAAUACUAGUACCACAUUAAAAAAAAGCAGGCCUGUAUAUUCUUAAGCUGAGUACCAACUCAAUUAGUUUCUCCAUCAGUAAUUCAGUAAUACAAGAUACAUUGAUAUAUUUCUUGUUUAUCUUUAUUGAUCUAUUAUUAUUUCAGAAGAAGUGGUAACGCUGUUUAUGUUCUGUCAGUGCAACACAAGGCUAGUGAAGUAAUGCUGGCUUGAGCUUAACUCCAUGGCUGCUACAAGACUCAUAAGCUUAAUGUGGUUGAGGCUGAGUGAAACCUUGUAAGAUUUGAAGUUUGGUUAAGGUAAAUGUUGAUGAUCAGAAGUUUAAAUGAGUAGGUGGUUUAAAUCUUGUGUUUUGUUGUUCCUUAUGUUAAAAUGAAAGGGAAAGGUAUUUUUUUACUGUUAUUGAAAGAGAUGAUGAAAAAGAUUGAUAGGCUGUUGUAAACUUUCCUUGUCUCUCUUUGUCUGUCUCUAAGUGGAAAUUGAUGCAAGUUUAUUGAUAUUGAAUAUUGGGUUAUCUAAAUAUAUAUGUGAUGGAGUGUCUUGUCUGCUGUGAGUUUUGUGUGUGAUUUCAAAAGGACAUCACUGAGGAAGAAUAUUAUUGAAGUUUUUAUUUUUUUAUUUAUUUUUAUUUUUUUUUUAUUUUUAUUUAUUAUUAUUAUUAUUAUUUAUUUUAUUUUUAUUUUUUUUAUUUAUUUUUUUUUUUUUUUUCAUGAUAUAAAUUCAUGUUAUAGUUUGUUGCAAGUUGAAAAUUACUGAAAAAAAAAAAAAUUGUUGCCAAAUCUCUUUAUUAUCAAGAGCAGUCAUGGAGUGUAGUUAUUUUUUACACUUGUUUUAUAUUCAUUUUCUCUCUGUGGGGAGUUGCUUCAUAAAGUGUGUACAUAUGAUAUGUAUAGUUAGGUAAUGAGGCCAAGAUAAAACGGAGAUAAGAUAUAAAGUUUUGUACACCUUUUUGGUAAGAACUGAUGUAAAUUAUUAUUAUUUUUUUUUUUUUUUUUUUUUUUUUUUUUUUUUUUUUUUAAGGUGAUAUUCUAAAACACUACUUUUUCACCAUAACAAUUUUCAAAGGCCACAGAGAUGAGUACCCACAUUCCCAAGACUGUUUCUCCUCUUAAUAAUACAGCAAUCUUGUCAGUCUAUCACCAGAACCAUAACAAUUUCCUUAAAAAUUCAUUUAGCUUCAACUAGAGGCUUUUGAAAAUAGUGGAGGUGAAGCCAGGGGUGUUUCAGAAUGUGGCCCAAAACAUACUGAUGGGGAAAAGAGAUACUGUGAUAAAAGAGGUGAUAAAUAAGAAAUAAUUCAAAUCAGAACUUAAAAUAUCCAUACCUUUUCAAAUACAACUCAGGAACUAUUACUACAUUAGACCAGUUACCUAUCACCUAUUGUCAUACAGAGAACACUACAAUUGGUUACUGGCAGAAAAUAAAUAAAAUUGACACACUA